AGGGUGAUUCCUGUUGAGACCGCGCGUAACCCAGACGUUCAAGACUUUGUUGAAUGCAGUUGCAAAAAGCUCGUUCUUGUUUUAUCAACAUUUGGAAUUUAAUACUUGAUCUGGUGGUUUUGUCGUGUUUUCUUUGCGUUCGUGGAUGCAUUCGUGGAGUCAUCGCUUUUGGAAAUCUAAAGCCACCAGCUUAAAUUCGUUUGUAAUCAUCGAGGACCGAAGAUAAGUCACCACCACCACCUUCAUCAUCAUCAUCGUCGUCGACGUCCAUAAUUGAAAUCUGGGCGAAAUAAUACACCAUUCGGUUUAUUUUUGGCUGAACCUCCAUCUGAUCGUCGAAAUAUAGUCUCCUUUGCGUAGUUUUUACCGUUGGACCAGACGACCCCGCUGAGCAUAUGGCAAAUCACCCUUCGGUUCUGCGGUAACGUUAGAUCAUUUUUGCCUGGUGUAUUUAAAAACAACUGAAGUUACAUCUUUUUUCACCAUCUGAAAGACAUUUUACCUUCUAAAGUGACACUGUAAGGUCAUUACCAAUACACCAAAGAGCCAGCAGUAAGAAGAUCCCAACUUUGUGGUACCACCCCACCAUGUUGGGCAUUAUGGAUCAUCAUCAUCAAGACACCGUCCGGAAAUGUAAAUCGGAGGCUUUGCCUCCAGAGCGUAGGAAGAGGACUGUAGAGGAUUUCAAUAAGUUUUGCAGUUUUGUCCUGACCUAUGCUGGGUACAUUCCACCCCAAAAAGAGGAGAGUUCAUGGUCUCCGUCUUCAUCUCCAUGCACACAUGACCUUUCUGAGCUGUCUGGUGAAGGCUCUGUGAAAGACAGCUGGACAGAUACUCACUCCGAUCUCAACAACAUUCACAACUUGGUCCAUAAAGCUGAAACGGACAGCAGCAGCAGCAGAGAGUUCAGCCAUCUUCCGUCGGACAGCUCUUUAGACAAGAUGACUCUCAAAGACUCUCUGAACCAUGUCCAUAGUAAAGCUGAGAGGAAGAAGGUGAAGAAAUUCCACCGCUUGUCUUUAGGAAGGCUGAGAAAAAGCAUCUCUGAGGCAGGAGCGCACAAACAAUCAAAAGCAGCACUAAAGAAAAUUAAGACCUCCAUAAAGGCUGAGAGACACUUCACAUCUUCAAGCCCUUUGAACGAGGGGUUUGCAAAGGAGGAGCUAACUGAGCAGGCCAUUCACAUGCAUGAGGCAGGGCUUAAAGUGGAGUCCAAUCAAGAAACAGACCUGAGCUCCUGUGAAACGGACACAUUGGUGACUGAUGAGGAUAUAAUGGUGGAAUCUGGAGACGAUUCAUGGGAUUUGAUUACAUGUUAUUGUGGGAAGCCUUUUGCCGGACGUCCCAUGAUAGAAUGUGAAGAGUGCUCCAUAUGGGUCCAUCUUUCCUGCGCUAAAAUUAAGAAGUCCAACGUGCCAGACAUUUUCUACUGCUACAGAUGUCUGAGGAGACCAACGGUCAAAAGAGACCAAUGAGAAACAGUGUAUGGGAGCAGAUCCUGCUUGUGUAUUUAAAUGAAUGUUCUCAUACCUGUCAUUUUUACUUUUCUGAUUAGUAAUUAAGUAGCUUCUGUUAAAUUAAAAGAAAAGUUGAUUUAUAUAACUCCAUCUGUUCUCCUUUGUUCUGUGUUGACAGACCGUCAUGGUUUCUGCCAUUUAGCGUUUAAGAAGCUGUCUUAAAAAUGCACUUAUUUGCACUACUGUAUGCGUAGUGCAUUUCUGAUGUACACAAAUGAACUUCAAUAUUGAUGAGGAAUGUGUAUUGACGGCAUAUUAUGUGCAUAAACUAAUGAGUGAAUUUAAUGAUCCUCUGGUAGCCCAAAACAAUCCGAAGCUAAAUAAAACAAAACUCUGUCUGCACAUAUAAAUCUAAAAAGGAGAAUUAAGCAUAUGAUAGCAUCAUGAUUUGAUUUUGCAGUGUUUUUAUGAUAUUUCCCCACAAGUUUUCAGAGUUAUUAUUGUUUAUUUGGUUUAUCCAGAUUACCCAUUCAGCCAAGUCCACUUCAUGUGCAGAGGCGGUGUUGUAAUCCAAUGUUUAUCAGUGUCAGCUUGACAACUUGUACUGUUAAUGGAGCCCCAUAGGAAAAGUCUAACAAGCGCAAUUAGGAGUGUUAGAUGAGGGAGAACGGUAAGCUCAGAUCCGUAUGAUGUGGACACUGUUUAAAUCUUCUGUUCUCCAAAGUAAUGUUCUGCGUAACGCUUUUCAGUCAUGUGAUAAAUAGACUCUCUUUAAUGUUCCCAAAUUAACCUUUGACCACUGUAAAGCAGAUUUCAACAUGAUUAGACCACAUUCAACACUUUUAUAGCUUGAUCGUAGUUCUUUGUGUAUUACGUUACAGUUAAGUUGCAAGGACAUGGCUUUUAUUCAUGAAUUUGGGUUGCCAUUUUUGACCAUCAUAAACCUGAAAUAAAUCAUUUGUCUUGUUUAUCCCAGUGUAUAUAGUACAUGUAUGUACAGCUGUAUAUGUUUGAAAGAUGAGGAGAUGCUAUAUUUUUCUGAGCAUUACAUUAGGAAAUUCUGAAAAUAAAUGUCCUUUAAAGUCAA